AUGACGACAACAACAAAAUCCAAAGCUCUUAUUCUCCACGGCGCCAAAGACCUGCGCUUAGAAACACGCGACACCCCAGUUCCCACUGGAAAUGAAGUCCAACUCGCCAUCCGCGCAACAGGCCUCUGCGGCUCUGAUCUACACUACUAUAUCCACGGCCGCAACGGCGACUUCGUUGUCCAACGACCCAUGGCCCUCGGCCACGAAUCAAGCGGUCUCGUAACCGCUACAGGACCAGACGUCAAAACCCUUCGGGUUGGUGACCGCGUCGCUCUCGAAGUCGGCUUGCCAUGCCGGAAAUGCCUGUAUUGUGCCUCUGAUCGAUACAAUCUCUGUGCCAAUAUGAGAUUCAGAUCAAGCGCAAAGACGUUCCCGCAUUUGGACGGGACGUUGAUGCAAUUCACGAAUCAUCCCGAGGAUAUGUGUCACAAGCUACCAGAUUCGGUGUCGUAUGCGGGUGGUGCGCUUGCGGAGCCGUUGGCUGUGUGUUUACAUGCGAUUCGUCGUUCGCAUCCACCUACGAAAGAAGAGGCGGAGCUCGCGAGAUCGUUGGGUGAAGAGAGUGCAGCAAUGGUGUUUGGUGCUGGUGCAAUUGGGUUGUUGAUGGCGGCUGCAUUGGCGACGUCUCAGCAUUUCUCGUCUAUUAUCAUUGCGGAUAUUGAUGCUAGACGGUUGAAGGUUGCAGAAUCUUUGGGUUUGGGGCUCAAGACGCAUCUUAUUGAACGUUCAGCUACGACGCCGCCGGCAAAGGAUGCGCCGCAAGAGGAGCAGACGGCGUAUGCGAUGAAAACUGCUCGAGAGACGGCGGAUAAAAUCAAGAAGACGCAUAAUAUUCCUAAUGGAUUUGCGAGAGUGUAUGAGUGUACCGGUGUGCCGCCGUGUAUUCAAGCUGGUAUAUAUGCUGCUGCGGCGGGCGGUGUUUUGGUGCAGGUUGGUAUGGGUGCGCCUAUUUUGACGCUUCAUCAUGGUGCCGCUAUGUUGAGAGAAGUGGAUAUUAUCGGUGUGUUCCGAUACGACAAGUACGCAUAUCCCGCGGCGAUUGAGCUGCUGGAAAAGGAGGCUUUUAAGAGGGUGGAAGACAAGAUUGUGACGCAUAGAGUUGAUUUGUCUGUGGAAGGGCAGGGUGAGCGAGCGUUCACGCUGGCUGCGAAGGGUGUUGAUGAAGAGGGUGUUGCAGUUGUAAAGGUCCUGAUUGAGUCUUCAUUUUGA